AUGGCUCGUGGCGCUCGAAACAUACCCGAAGCUUACAUAACGUGUCGGCACCUAUAUUCCUCAGACACCCGUACCACACACAGAGAGAUGACCCCUCCUGCUCUGUUACUCUCCCUCUCCGAGCCUGGCCCCGACGUCCCGGAGGCCGAGUUCCACGACUGGUACAACAGCGACCACAUCCCCGCACGCAUCGCAUCACCCGUCUUUCAGAGCUGGACGCGUUAUACUGCCAUUGACGGGCUGAAACCCUCGUACAUGAACAUCUACGACCUCGAAUCGCUCGAGGCUACGAAGACCCCCGCGUACACCAAUCUGCCGCAGAACCGGAGCGAGGCCGAGAAGGAUCUCAUAAAGCGGGUCUCGUGGUUGGAGCCGCGGGUGUAUGAGGAGCAUCAUGACGAUCCCUUCGUCGCACCCUCUUCACUAUUCAAUCCGAUAAAGCCGGCGGAGUACGCGCUCAUCUUGACCGCGGAGCUUCCUCCCGAGCUAGAGGGGGAAUUUAUGGCGUGGUACACAGAGGAACUUCUUCCGAAGGUUUCGAAGGCUCCAGGAUGGGUUAGGAGUCGGCAGUUCAAAUUGAAGGAUUGGAAGCGGCUGGGUGUGGAGGGGUCGAAGGAUAAGACGAUUCCUCCGACAUACUUGGCCAUUCACGAGUUCGCGACGGCGGAAUUCACGGAGCUGAAGGAGACGGUGCAGUCUGACAAGACGCCGCGGUACGAGAAGCUUGUGCAGGGCCGUACGUCGUUCCAGCGAAGGGUGGUGAAGUUCUUGAAGAAGUUUGAGAGGGUGUGA